AUGCCACGAGCUCUCCUCUGGACUCCUCUCGCAAUCGGUUUCUCCAACAAAGACGCCAGCAUCUUGCUGGAGACGAUCAAGCCUUCCAAGGUUACCAAGAGCGAGUUAGUUCCGUGCACCGUGUGCACCGUGGCCGAGCCGCAUAACAUGCGCUACCGGCUUCGUCGCUGUAGCUGCCGGUCCUGCACUGAGGAAGCUCCCUACGCCAAGUGCCCUUGGCGGGCUAAGACGCUCCACUGUGAGAAGGUUGACCACGUCGACAUCUACGAAACAAGCAAGCAUGUCACCGCGAUGCGCACUGCCCCCGAACCACGGCUCACGUCGGAAAUGAAGGUGGUCGCGCGGGAGAUGACGGCCCAAGGACUGAUGCCGGUUCGUAUCCGGAAUGCUAUCCUGCGCAAGUUUAACCUGGCUGCUGAGGAGCUACCAGCGCUGUCCAAAAUCCAGCGCUUUUGUCAGCACUACGCGAGCACGAAGCUCGGCUGUAACGACUACGUGAAAGAAACGCACGAUCUGAUCCGUGACGCCAGCUACGUGAGCACGAUGGACGAACAUGAGAGCUUCACCUUCGCCUUAAACUCGGACGCUACCGGCCUUCCUGUUAUUGGUUUUGGCUCGGACGCCAAACCGUUCAUUGUGGGGGUGACGUCACGACGCUUGCUCACGCAAGCCGACCGUGAAGCUGGAUCGCUGCUACUGCACGUCGAUGCUACGUUUAAGCUAAACCAAGUUGGUUAUCCAUCCAUAGUUGUUGGCUUUUCGGAUUGCGCUCGCGGGUUCCAUUUGCUUGCGCUGUUUGUGUCCUCGCAGCGCAAGCAGGAGCAUUUCACGGAGAUGUUCGUCGCGCUGCAGCAGAUCUACAAGCGGGUGAUUGGCAAACAACUUCUGAUCAAGAUGGUCAUGGGUGACGCUGACGACGCGCAGUUCAACGGGGUGGAGCGUGUGUUUGGUGAGAGUGCUGAGGUAUAA